AUGGCAAGGAGGGAAGUGGAGGUCGAAACACAGUUCAAUACCUUCAUCCUGGAAGACCUGGUGAAAUUACCCGAGGUGCUCCAGCACUACGCCAAACAUGUAUUGACGGACAAUCAUGAGAUCGUUUUCACUCAUGGCGACUUUGCCCCCCGCAAUAUCCUGGUGGAAGGGGACCGGGUCACGGCUGUUCUGGACUGGGAAGAUGCUGGCUGGUAUCCCGAAUAUUGGGAGUACAUCAAGGCCAUGCAGCAUCUAAAACCGAUACCCGACUGGCCGGAUUACUCGACGGUGAUACUCCCACCUCGGUACGAGAAAGAAUAUCUAGGAAUGGCAUUUCCUGCUCGUCUCCUGCGCCACUAA